ACGGAAAGUGACGGAGGCGAUCACGUGAUUACAGGGCGCGGCGUGUUGAUCGGGCGCCGGGCGGGGCCCGGGUACGUUGUCGCCUCCCUCCAUCUUCGUAUGUUCUCAGGCUCCGCGGGUGUAGCACACGACGUCGAGCAGUGCUCGUCAGGUAGCCAUGCGUAGCAUGCUGUGGCUAUUCGUGCGAGCUGGGGUCUUCAGAAGUACCACGAACACAGCGUUGGGCCGCCUGGGGUUGGUGCAGUUGCGGGACGCGUCUCUAGAUACACGCAGGAGAUACGAAGACUUUGCGCACACAUGGUUCAAAUGGCUAAUUGUCAGCGGCUCAAUAAGCGGCACGCUCGUUUAUGCAUCCGAGAGUCAUAUAUACGCAGACGAGGCACCGAGACAAGUUGAUGUCCGCGCCGAAGAAGUAGACGUUCAUCAAACCGAACCCGCCGUCCAGUCAGUGAACAAAUGGUAGGAACCCUGGCAAGGUCUCAACUUACUCAGGUCUGCGUGGUCCGCGACGGCGAUAACUGCCGCCAUGUCCGAAUGGUCAUGGCCGACUGCUCUAGAUUUCUCUGCCGUUCGCUCUCGUAUUUCUGCCCUCUUCCAAGAGCUUAGCCUAGGUCCUGGCUCUUUAUACUCCGAGAUCAUGGAUACCCGACCGGACCCGAACAUUUACCCAGAGAUAGAGUGGGACGCGGAAGUCAGGCUGGGGGAGGAUUUGUGCUUAGCAGAGCGUGCUUUUGUUGCCGAACGCAAGCGGGUCAUGAGAGCAUCCUUCGCACAGCUCAUGGGAGUUCCAGAGGCCGAGGUCGAUGAACGCGACCUGCCGAUAGUGGCUAUCGCAGGCUCUGGGGGAGGUUAUCGUGCGAUGUUGAACACCAUAGGGUCUCUAUGCGGGGCAGCAUCCGCGGGGGUCUUGGAUUGCGCUACGUAUACUGCAGGAGUAUCAGGGACCUGCUGGGCCCUAGGCGUUAUGCAUUCUGGAGUGUCAGGGUCCUACACUCCACAAGACGCAGCUCGGCAUCUUAAAGACCGCAUACAGACGAGCUACCUUGACAUGGACACUCUAGAUGCACUGGUUACUCCACCCACCAACAAGUACUUAUUGUAUGGUUUGCUGCGCAAGGCAGCCGGCCUCAAAGGCACCAUCUCAUUGGUUGAUGUGUAUGGAACUUUGCUUGGUUCAAGAAUUCUGGUGCCGUCAGAUCUCAGCCGCUUGGAUCCGCAGAAUUUGUCUCUGCAUCUAAUGCGCAAGGGAAUUGAUCGAGGACAGCUACCUAUGCCCAUCUUCACAGCUAUUCAGCAUGCGAUACCCCCUAUCGCAAUCCAAGCCAUUCGAGAACUGCAGUCAGAAAGAGUUGCCGAUGACGAUUCGAAACGUGUAGAUGAAAUAGGCCGGGCCCAGGCCUAUGUCUCUAAUAUCAGCUCGCGAUUCUUCUGGUACGAGUUUACGCCCUAUGAAGUAGGCUGCGACGAGAUCGGAGCUUGGAUCCCUUCGUGGUCUUUCGGCCGUGAAUUCCACAACGGCAAGAGUCUCGAGCGCCGGCCCGAGCUUGGUUUCACCAUCCUUGCAGGUAUAUUCGGUUCCGCCUUUUGUGCAUCGUUAAAGCUGUAUUUUCGGGAGAUUCAACCAACCCUCGAGUUAUUCCCAUCGCAGCUGUAUCGUUGGCUUUUAGAGAUCAUCUCUGAGAAUGAAAGGGAUUUGGGUCUUAUACAUCCCGUAUUGCCUGAUCAGAUACCGAACUUCUUAAAAGGAUUGAACGGACAACUACGCAGUGGAAGCCCGCCGGAUCUCGCCGAUAGAGAGUAUAUGACCUUCAUGGCAAGAUGCAGGAGCGGAAUUAAACAUACCCUAUUAUCCUCUUCUGAGGAGGAGCGUCGACUGUAUAAUUGCCCUCGAUGCGAGCGCGGAUUCUCAGGACUUGUGGUUCACUCGUGCGGAAGGCAAGUCGCCGUCGUCAAGGCGUCGAUCUGGCUGGUCGAGCUGACUUCGCUUACAGAACUAGCUGCUAGACGAGGCCUGCGUACCUGGCCCCGAGGCGCCAGCUGGCCUGCUGAGGUGCAUCCUGCUCAUUUGCACGCAAAAAAUUCCGGCGAAGUCGUAGGGCUCGCGGUGGGUGACGAGGAAGCCCGCGCGGCAAGUCGGAAACUGGCGGAGACCCAGGAGUCCGCUCUCGCCGAACAGACGCACCGCCAAAGUUCCACAGACGAGCGCGGUAUACCCGAUCACGACGAGACGCCCCCGCGCCAGCACCCCUUGCGAUCGUGCGAGGUCUGGAUAGGCUCCUCCGAGUCGCACGAAGCGGACUCGUCGCGCCUCGAGGAUCUCGAUGAGGAGGCGCUCCUGAAGCGAGACGGUAUCGGAGUUGUCUAUAUUCCACUAGCACCCCAUGAGGCUCGGGCUCCCGGGUUUGAUCCUUUUGUCGUGUCCACCUGGAGGCGCGAGGUCACCCCAGAGGAGAGCCAAGCUCUGCUCGAUGUUUCAGAGGUGGGUCCGCACGUACAACGUGUCCUGCGCGUGUCUAAAGCAGCUCUUGGUACUCUUGGUAGGCGAACUUUACCGAUAGUCGCGAGAAGAUCGUUAGGCUCCUUCGCGCAAUAUGGCUGCGAAAGAAGCGGGAACGGACUCGAGCAGAAUGGCAAGGGCACUUUCGGCGUUUUCACCGCAGUAUAAGGAAGAAUGCGUUUUAGAGACGGCGGAAAGGACACUGAUACAUUCUAUUGUACGUAGGCUCUCACACAUACACGCUUAUUGUGUACAUACAUAGAUCCGGGCAAUGACAUACGUUAAAGAUACAGCUGGGCAAAAGUUUCCAAGCAGAAGGGCGGGACAUAUUUUCCAGAGGGCGUAGCGUGACAUGCGCUCAGCGCAAGGACGCCAGAGCGAUUGCGAGGGGAGCAUCGAGUUCCUCGCCGUUGCCUACCCAUUGAACCUUCCUAUCAUGAGUUGUAAUGAUGAAAACUGCAUACGUGUCAAAUCAGCAGGUGAGUCAUCUCGUGGAUC